UUCUUUCCCAGCAGGGUUGUGCUUACAUUACUCUUUAGAUCUCUCUUGAAGAGGGCUGGUAUAUUUGUGCCUGCUGGAGGUGGAAUUAACAGUAAGAAGGAGAAAGGGAUUGAAUGGACUUACAGGAAGGAUUUCAAGUAAAUUCAGGGAAACACAUUUACUUGAAUAGUACAAUCUUGAGUAUUAUUUUACACUAAGACGACACAAAAGAUGUUAAAGUUAUCACCAAGCUGCCGGACAAAUAUAUAUUCCAACACCAAGGUGCAGAUCAGCAUAGAUCUGUGAUUCAGAAAUCAAGAUUUGUCUUGGAAAGAGCUCAAGGGUUGAGAAGAACUCAACAGCAAGUGAAGAUAACUCUGGGAACUACAGUUUAUCAGAAGAUCAACUUUCGUUAAUUCAAAUACCAAAGGCCUGAUUAUCAUAAAUUCAUAUAGGAAUGCAUAGGUCAUCUGAUCAAAUAAUAUUAGCCGUCUUCUGCUACAUCAAUGCAGCAAAAACUCUUAACAACUGUGGAUAAUUGGAAAUCUGAGUUUCAGCUUUCUUAGAAAUAACUACUCUUGACACAUUCCAAAAUAUUUAAAAUAGGACAGGAAAAUCAGUGAGGAUGUUGUGUUCAGAAAAAUGUCACUGUCAUGAAGAAUAGGUAAAUUUGUUUUUUCAGCUACUGGGAAAGUGUACCUCCCAGGAACUUAGAUUUUUUUUUUAAGAGGACAAAAAAAACCUUAAAAAUAUAAACUUUUGCUUUUGGACAAAAAUGCAUCUGACUGUGCUUUUACUUAGGGGUGUUGUGGGUUUCCUCUGGAGCUGCUGGGUUCUAGUGGGUUAUGCAAAAGGAGGUUUGGGAGACAAUCAUGUUCACUCCAGUUUUAUUUAUAGAAGACUACGGAACCACGAAAGACGGGAAAUACAGAGAGAAAUUCUCUCUAUUUUGGGUUUGCCUCACAGACCCAGACCAUUUUCACCUGGAAAACAAGCAUCUUCUGCGCCUCUCUUUAUGCUGGACCUAUACAAUGCCAUGGCCAAUGAAGAAAAUCCCGAAGAGUCGGAAUACUCAGUGAGGGCAUCUUUGGCAGGAGAGCCCAGAGGGGCAAGAAAGGGAUACCCAGCCUCUCCCAAUGGGUAUCCUCGCCGCAUACAGUUAUCUCGGACCACUCCUCUGACCACCCAGAGUCCUCCUCUAGCCAGCCUACAUGAUACCAACUUUCUGAAUGAUGCUGACAUGGUUAUGAGCUUUGUCAACUUAGUUGAAAGAGACAAGGAUUUUUCUCACCAGCGAAGGCAUUACAAAGAAUUUCGGUUUGAUCUUACUCAAAUUCCUCACGGAGAGGCGGUGACAGCCGCUGAAUUCAGGAUAUACAAGGACAGGAGCAACAGCCGGUUUGAAAAUGAAACAAUUAAGAUUAGCAUAUAUCAGAUCAUCAAGGAAUACACAAAUAGGGAUGCAGAUCUGUUCCUGUUAGACACAAGAAAGGCCCAAGCUUUAGAUGUGGGUUGGCUUGUCUUUGAUAUCACUGUGACCAGCAAUCACUGGGUCAUUAAUCCACAGAACAAUCUGGGCUUGCAGCUCUGUGCAGAGACGGGGGAUGGACGCAGCAUCAACGUGAAAUCCGCCGGUCUUGUGGGGAGACACGGGCCUCAGUCAAAACAACCUUUCAUGGUGGCCUUCUUCAAGGCCAGCGAGGUACUUCUUCGAUCCGUGAGAGCAGCCAACAAACGGAAAAAUCAAAACCGCAAUAAAUCCAGCUCUCAUCAGGAUUCCUCUAGAAUGUCCAGUGUUGGAGAUUAUAACACAAGUGAACAAAAACAAGCCUGUAAGAAGCAUGAACUCUAUGUGAGUUUCCGGGAUCUAGGAUGGCAGGACUGGAUUAUAGCACCAGAAGGAUAUGCUGCAUUUUAUUGUGAUGGAGAAUGUUCUUUUCCACUUAACGCCCAUAUGAAUGCCACCAACCAUGCCAUAGUUCAGACUCUGGUUCAUCUGAUGUUUCCUGACCAUGUACCAAAGCCUUGUUGUGCUCCAACCAAGUUAAACGCCAUCUCUGUUCUGUACUUUGAUGACAGCGCCAAUGUCAUUUUGAAAAAAUACAGAAAUAUGGUAGUACGCUCAUGUGGCUGCCACUAAUAUUAAAUAAUAUCAAUAAUAACAAAAAGAUCUGUAUUAAGGUUUAUGACUACAAUAAAAAGCAUACUUUCAGACAAAAGGGGAAUUUUCUAAAAUAAAUUUGGCUCAUUUCAUCUCCUUCCCUAUGUACAAUGUAAUGUAUAUAGUCAUUUUUAUUUAUUUAAAGGUAUAUAUUCUUUUUUGUUGAUGCCUUAUCAAUAAAAUCCACUUUAUGGGCCACUAUGUUAUACAAUAAAUCACCCAGUCUAAUUUUCAAUGGGAAACGCUGAGUCCAAUUCAAUUCCAUUUCAACAUUUUUUCUAAUACAAUUUUUAUAUGAUUUUCUGAGAUUAGACAGAAUUCCUUUGAUCGUUCCAUAUUGUUGAAGGAAAUUGAAUAUGUUUUGUUAUAGUGUGCCAAUGAAAACCAUGAUAGGAUAUUUAUUUAAAAAUAAAACUUAAAAAAAAUAACAAUCCAAACAAAAAUUCAUGAAUAAACACAAUUCUUCUUUUAGAGUUUCUGCUUCAUUAGAUAAAGUGAAAUGUUGAACUGGAUUUGAAUAAAUAAAUGGUAGGCAGCACACAGAAGCUAAAAGAUUGUGCAUAAUUGUUAUAACUGUUUGCUUUAACAGAAUUGGUGUAACUGUAGGAGCAUGUUUCUUUUUGGCUUGUGCAUUGUAGAUUUUGCAAAGAGUUCAAAACUUCAAGAAUUCUGUGGAGACAGGCUUGAGCCUGUGUCUGUAACUUUCCAAGUUAACACUAAAAAAUUGUAGUACAACCUUCUUACCUCAAAUAAAUCAUGUCUGCCUAUUAUCUAGAACACUACUGCUACAGAUUUUUUUUCAGAUUUAAAAACCUAAUCCAAAAUAAAGAAACAUUUGCAUGUGCUCCACUUUCCUCCCCACAGACAAGAGUCACUGCAUGGAUAAAAUGUACCAGAGCAGAAGAUGCCGACGGAGCCAUUUCGUUAGCUCUCCUUUAUAACUGAGUUUGCUGAUUGAUGUUAUGCGAGGGGUUUUAUUUGGGGCACUGAAAGUAAACUGGAGGAAAUUACCAAAAAUCCCAGAAUGGCUUUCAGACAAUUGCCAUUUCUAAAGAACAGCUGAAAUCCAUUUUUCAUAUCUUUGAGAGUGAGCUCAAUGAAAACCUUAUUUUGUAAAGGGAUUUUAUAAACCUUCCUCCAAGAACAAAUAAUUCUAAACGGGAAGGUUCUGAUGUGUGUCUGUGUGUGUGUGUGUGCAUGCAUGUUCUUCCCUCUGAAAUUAAUUUAUUUUUCUCUCUGUUUUAAUGGCUUCUGAGGCCUUUCUUUAACACACACUGACUUUUUGAAGAAUGACCUUUAGAUUGGUAAGUUGUUAUUUAUGGUGGCUCUAUGGUUAGGCUUAUUUACAGUUCAUCUAGAAUAUUCCUAAAGCACCAUUUAUUAAUCAUAUUUUUUGAUUUUUCAAACAAAACGUAUAUCAGAAAUGGCUUCAAAAAUGUUAUGGGUUUGUCUGUAAUUCAGGUAUAUUGCAAUAUUUUAAAAUACAGUUUAUCUUAAAGAAAAUUUGACAAUAACUAUAAUGAGGGAUACAUUAAGUAAUAUAUUUUUAAUUAAUAGUGUACCAUUGAGAGAAUAAGAAAUGGAAGUCUAUUAUAUUAUUCUUUAAAUAUGCUGUUUAAAUAUAUUUCUAUAUUUUAAAAUAUAUUGAAUUUGGAAUGCUAGUUUCUGCUGUUCUUCUUGAUCUGGUUCUUUAUUUAAAAGGAAUACAAAAUGUAAGUACAUCGUAAAUUGAAACUAUGAGAAUAUUUAUCGAAUGUAAAAUGUUUGUUGAUUACGUGAUUCUUUAUGCUGUUUUUAAUUGCCAAAACUGUUUUUUUGUAUUGUUAAUAAUUAACUCACUAUUAAAUGUACAAUGCAAUAA